AUGGGAAUCAGUGAGGAAGAGUGGAAUAGACUUCAGAAGGCUCUUGAUUGGCCGAGUCCUCGUCAAGAAAUUACUGAGCUGAAGCUGAGCACAAGUCCAUUUCACACAACAUUCUCUAUUGUGGGGCUCAAAAAAACGUACAGAGUUGGAGAAAAGAUCCAUGUUAUUAUUACAGCGAGAGAUCACAACAAGAACUUGAAAUCAUAUGGAGGCGAUUUUUUUCAAGCAAAGCUUUUCAACACAAAAUUAAAGGCAAGUGUUUAUGGGAAAGUUGAUGAUCACCGCAAUGGGACGUACACUGUUGAUCUUCUGCUACCCUGGGAAGGUCAGGCACAAGUGUCUGUGCGACUGGUCCACUCCAGUGAAGUUGUGCAUAUUCUUAAAAAAUACAGGGACUCCUCAAUCCCACGUAGCCUUUAUUAUGGUUACUUUGAAGGGUCAGGACCAAAAGGAAUCAGGAUUAAAGAAAAAGUAGAAUGUAGUCUGAAAUGGGGCUCAGAUGGAAGUUGGAUUAAACGCAGCUGCUGCUGUGUGUAUAAGGAUGUAAGAACAGGAACGGUGUGGCAGUGUGAGAGACCAAAAAAACUUUCCUGUGACAAAUGGGUGCAUCAUGAAAGAGGGGCUUUGAAAGACCCAUCAAAUAAAUUUGAACAACAACUUUUUUCAAGAAAAUUAACAAAUGUUGGUAUUCCUGGAGACAAACAAGCCAUAAAUGUUGUUCAGAACAAUACAAGCAAUGGCACAAGAGUAAAAUGCAGAUCUGGUUUGACUACACCAGUACCUGCAGGGUUUUAUUUUAAAGAUGUCUGGGAGUCUUUUUUAUGUAACACUCAGGAAUUCAGUCCCUCAGAAAUGGGAAAUUGUCUUAAAAACAAGAUUGUUUACCUGUUUGGAGACUCUACCACAAGGCAGUGGUUUGAGUAUUUAGAAAGAAAUGUGCCAGGGUUAAAACGAAUGAACCUCCACACUCCUCGCACUGGUGGACCCCUGAUGGCUGUGGAAUUACAAAACAACAUCAUUGUUCACUGGAAACCACAUGGUGUUCCCUUGAGAUUCACUAAAAUGUUAAUUACCGAUCUGCAUUAUAUCAGCAAUGAUAUCGAUGAAAUAGCUGGUGGUGCUCAUGCUGUCGUUGUCAUCACAUUUUUUGCCCAUCUGGUUUUUCACCCACUAUCAUUCUACGUCCAUGAAGUGGUCAAAAUUCGUCAGGCUGUUCUUGCACUGCUGAGCCGAGCACCAGCUACUACUGUGAUUAUCAAGUCUGGCAACACUGCAGGCUUUAAGGAUAUUUUUCAAAGUGACUGGCUUGCAUUGCAGUUGAACACAGUGAUGAACGAGAUGUUCAGUGAUAUUAAUGGUGUGGUCUACUUGGACGUCUGGCAGAUGACUUCCUGUCAUUAUCUGCGUGAAAACAUUCACCCAGGUCCUGUUAUCAUUGCUAAUGAGAUUAACAUGUUUCUAUCAUAUGUCUGCCCUCCCUAA